AUGACCGAGGCCAAUGUUAACCUCAACGCGUCAAGGGUGACGGCGGUGAUUGUUUGCUACUCAGUGCCGAUCCCUUUCAUGCUGCUAUUUACUGGUCUGAGGCUUUUUGUCAAACUGCGACCGUCAUCGCGGAAUCCUAUGGCUUUGGAUGACUAUAUGAUUAUCGGAGCCACAUGCAUAUCGAUCGGACUAUGCAUCAGUGGUCUGGUCUACGCCAUUGAACCAACCGCUGACAACACCACACAAUCAGGCCCCCCCUACGGAUUCGGUAGACACAAAGCUGCUCUACCUGAACAAGAACUCGAAACUUUCAUGCUGGGCGACUAUGUCUUCAGCCACUUCUACAACUUCGCAAUUGCAAGCACCAAACUCGCCAUUCUCGCCCUUUACUACCGCAUAUUUAGCACAAAACUAUUCCAGCGUAUCAUAAUCGGCACGGCAGUCUUUAUCUUCCUCUGGAUCGCGGCCAUGGAGAUUGGACUCGGACUUCAAUGCGUGCCUGUCGCUAAAGCCUGGGACCCGAAUGUAAAGGGCGACUGUCUGAAUCUGGUGGCUUUUUCGUACUUCACCAAUAUCACUAAUCUGGUCACCGAUAUCUGGGUCUUCUUGCUACCUGUUCCCAUUAUACUGAGGCUUCAUAUUGACCGAAAGCGGAAGCUGGAGCUUGCGGGAAUAUUUACCAUUGGCCUUUUGACUUGCGCGAUUAGUAUCGCGCGAUUGACAGUCGUUGUUUCACAGGGUUCAACUGAUUUUACAUGGACUGGUGUUCCAUUGGGAAUCCUCUCAGUCUACGAACCUCUUGGUGGGAUACUUUGCGCCAAUCUCCCCUUUCUGUACAAACAUGCCACCAGCGUGCUCAAGAAAGUCGUGUCAUCAUUCGGUCCUGUUCAGACCGAGGGUAUGCUCCCUGAAACUGGAGUUAGAAGGCCUCAAUAUCUACUGUGGAAGAGGAAACAAGAUCUCAGCAUGCAAAGUGAAAGUGAGUGGAGCAGGCUCCAACGCGACACUGACAAGAAUACUUCGACUACAAUGAGCGAGGUGCGCUCUGCUCAUGCCGCGGACGGAGGACAUGAAAUAGAAGAGUCUAGAUCUAUGAUUCAGGAUCCACGAGGAUCGGAGCCAUAG